GCACAACCCAAGCAAGAAAAAAAAAGAAAACCUCCAUCCUCCUUUCUAAUCCUUGAAGAGAGCUCCAACAUUAGGGAUCCAAGGGGAAAGAUUAAAGGGAGAAAAAGCUAGGAAAAGUGAGAAAGAUUAAGGAACUUGAUUUAAAGUAUUUUGAGCCUCGCCGGAGUUUCGCCGGAGUUUCGCCGGAGUUGGUCAAAGUUCGCCGGAGUUGGUCAAAGUUCACCGGAAACUAGUCAAAGUUCAACCGGGGAGCGUAGAACGCGCGGGAGCUCACUUAAGUUUCAGGUCGGGAUUAAAGCUUGCCGCUACCGCCCGUUGCAUCGGAGAAUUUAAGAGAAGAAGGCGUGGUUCGUGCUUCUUCUGUUUCUGUUUUGAAAACGACUUAAACCAUGCUCAUGGAUAUUAAUUUUCCUUAAUAUGUAUUUAGGGCUUGGAUGCCCAUGAUGCCUAAGUGUGGCGUGCACAUUUGUAUUGAACAUUUCCGCUGCUUUAAAUGAUUAUUUUACAUUAUGUUGUUUAUGGAUGUACAAUGUGUGAAUGAUAUUCCAGACGCCUUGUAUAGUAUGGAUGUGUUGGACUGCGGUUGACUAUUCGUACUGUAUGGCGGAUUGUUGACGUGUCCGGUUAGGUCCGGGGCGUGACAUUUGGGGUGUCGUCAGGAGAAUUCUUAGGCUACAUUGUCAGCGAAAGGGGGAUAGAAGCUAGUCUGGAACAAGUCCGGGCCAUAUUAGACAUUGAAUCUCCCAAAUCAAUCAAAGAUGUCCAGAGACUGACCGGACGAGUUGCAGCACUCAACAGGUUCAUAUCAAAGUCGUCAAACAGGUGCCGACUUUUCUAUGAUGUCCUCAGAAAAAAUAAAAAAUUCGAAUGGACGGAACAACAUGAAAAAUCCCUACAACAACUAAAGGAGUACAUGACGACACCACCUCUACUGACGAAACCCAAGGAUGGCAAGGAACUACAUCUAUAUCUGGCAGUGUCCGAACAUGCUGUCAGCGCGGUUUUGACCAGAGAAGAAGACGGAUAUCAAACACCAGUUUACUAUGUAAGUAAGUCAUUAAACGGGCCGGAAUUCAGGUACGCACUUUUAGAAAAGCUAGUACUAGCAUUAAUUACAGCAUCCGUAAAAUUGCGUCCUUAUUUUGAAUCACAUUCUAUUUGCGUCCGUACUAACUAUCUCAUGAAGUCCAUCAUGAGGAAACCAGAACUGACAGGUCGAAUGAUCAAUGGUCAAUACAGUUAGGGGCAUACGACAUCAAGUAUGAACCCAGAACAGCUUUGAAGUCGCAAGCCUUAGCUGAUUUUGUGGCAGACUUCAGCCCCAAACUACAAGUAGAGGCGGAAAGGGAAGUAUGCCUUCUGAUAGGGGAACAACACCAACAUUAGUGGAUACUACAUACUGAUGGAGCCUCGAACAUGCACGGAGCAGACCUUGGAGUCAUGUUGAAGUCACCACAAGGGGCACCAUACUACAAGCUGUCCGGUGUGAUUUCAACGCAACAAACAACGAAUCGGAGUACGAGGCAUUGAUCUUCGGACUAAACUUAGCCCGAAACUUGGGCAUAAAACUAAUCGAGGUAAAGUGCGAUUCCCUUUUAAUUGUUAAUCAAACUAAUGGGGUUUAUGCAGCUAAGGACCCAAAGAUGACGGCAUAUCUGCAAGUCGUCACUGAGUUGAGCAACAAUUUCGACAACAUCACCUUUGAUCAAGUCCCGGGGAGGAAAACGUCCAGGCUGAUGCCUUAGCAGCAAUCGGAUCAUGUCUGGGGGCAGAGAGCAACGACAACAUACCAUUCGUCCAUUUCACUGAACCAGCAAUCAUGAAGACGGAAGUUGUCAACAUCAUUGAAUCAACUGCUGAAAGCAACUGGAUGCAGCCAUAUGUGAACUAUCUCAAACACAACAUCCUCCCAGCUGACAAAAGAGAAGCAAGAGCGCUCCUAUCAAAGGUAACAAAGUUUUUGUUAAUUGAUGACGUUUUGUUUAAACGUUCUAAAGCAGGUCCAUAUCAAAGGUGCUUAUCCCCACAAGAAGCUGUCAAAGUACUCAAAAGCCUUCACGAAGGAGAAUGUGGCAACCACGCAGCAGGAAGAAGUCUGUCAAACAAGGCACUAAGGUUCGGUUACUAUUGGCCAACGAUGAGGCAUGAUGCUGCCACAUACACCCGAGCUUGUCAACCUUGUCAGAAGCAUGCACCAUUGCAUCAUCAACAUGCAAAAUCACUCCACCCUGUCCUAUCUCCAUGGCCUUUUAUGAAAUGGGGUAUGGACAUCGUAGGAAAGCUCCCUGAGGCACCCGGGCAAAAAGUCUACAUGUUGGCAAUGACAGGCGACUUCUCAAAAUGGAUCGAAGCGGAACCCUUCCGACAAAUCCGCGACACCCAAGUGAUAUCUUUUAUUAAAAGAAAUAUAUUGAGAAGAUUUGGCAUUCCGUUAGAAAUCGUCUACGACAACAGAUCACAAUUCAUCAGCAUCAAAACAAGACGGUUCUGUGAGAAGUACAAUAUCAAACUGGAGAUGUCGACGCCUCGUUACCCACAAUCAAAUGGACAAGCCGAGUCAAGCAACAAAAUCAUCAUUUCAAAUUUGAAGAAGCGACUUGAAAAGGCACAAGGAAAGUGGGCCGAAGAGCUGCCCCUAAUAUUAUGGGCAGACAGGACGACACCAAAAAAUGCUACGGGACAAACACCUUUCUCACUGGUCUAUGGGUGCGUAGCUGUCAUUCCAGUCGAGGUUGAAGUGCCAACAUCUAGGUACGGGCUUAUCACAGAGGAAUCAAACAACGUAGAGCUGGUUCACGACCUCGACACCAUUGACGAAUUAAGAGAAAAGGCUAGAGUGCAAAUGGCAGCCUAUCAACAAAGGGUGGCAAGAAGUUACAAUAAAGACGUCCGAGCUAAAGUAUUCAGGAAAGGAGAUUGGGUGCUUAGGAAAUCCUUUGGCAAUGAGGCAAUCGGAAAGUUUAGUCCCAACUGGGAGGGCCCAUACGAAAUCACAGAAGUCGUCGGACAGGGGGCAUAUCAGCUGCGAUCCGUCGACGGUAAGCAAGCGCCGAGGAGCUGGAAUGCAGUACACUUAAAACCCUUUCAUUUCUAAUGUGAUUAACAUAGUCAAUAUGCCUUUCUUUCACAUUCGUUACUAACUUAAGCAUCGGAGGGCCGUUGGCUAAAAGCCAACGGCCAGAUUUUGACAAUGUCUUUGUAUGCAGGAUGUUGACAAAACACAAAACAGUCAAUACACAUAGCGACAACCGCUGACACAAUCCCCUAAACAAGGGAAGGUGGGGUCAGCUCGAGUCUUUCAUAUGAGAAGUAUGAGCCACGAACCGAGAAGCCCUACAUGUUUUGGCCAAAACUACACAAAACAAACAGACAGAUCAUACAUCACAAAUGCUGACAGCAUCAAAGUCAGACAAACACAAAACUACAAAAGUACGCAACAAAAGCGUGACAACAUUAGCUCCAAAACAUAAGGAGACGCUACGAACGACAUGGAUACAAAUCAUAAACACUCAUGUUGACAACAUUGACAAAAUUACAAACGACACGUUAUUUAAAGUUUUUGCAGGUUAUGGAUUAUGUUCACACAACCCAACUUGUAAUCUUUGACGACGGAUGAUGUCCCCUUUUCCAACCGGAAUGUCGACAUCAACAUGAGAGAUGAUGCAAAUUUCCAUCAUCUAUUCGUCAGCACAACUUUUAACGGAAAGGGACAAAAUUCUAGCUCAUUGUUUCUGUCAAGAAGACGGAUCUGAUCAGAGGUUAUUCGAAAGAAGGGCGGAAACAUUUUGUCAAAAAGUUGAUCAACAUGUCACGAUGGGAUAAGUCAAGGUGCGAACAGUACUUUCAAAUUUUCAACAAGUUGUUGCUGAAUAUAUCGACAUGUGUAUCAUUCGCCUUUACUUCUCGAAAAGGGGGCAAUUGUUGGUACACGGGUUUGAAGGCCUGGACUACAUUCAAAAAGGGUUGACCAUAGCAAUUAAUGACACAUUCAUUAGGAUUAAUGCUAGCUAAUUAAAUCUGGGCGGUUUUAUGUAUAUAAUUAGAGUAAUUAUUGUAAUUAUGACAUAGGUUACUCAAAGGGCUGACCAGAAUUGAUGAUGCAAUAAUGACGAUAUUGAUGUCGUCGUAACGGUCGGGACAUGUCGUCGUAAUGGUCGGAACAUGUCGUCAACGGACAAAAGUGCAUUAAAUGCAUCUCUUAUAAAUAGUUACAGGCCCUAUGUAAUCAGCACAUUCAAACAUGAAUACACACACUCAGUUACGAAUACACACAAAAGAUCUCUCCUAUUCUCUCUAUUGAAG